ACUGGUUGUUUGACUGAUGUAAUCGACAACCAUGCACUUUCAAUUGAUAAAAUUGAAGUUGGAGACUAUGUUGGAUUAGGUAAGUAAGAAAGUUGUAAUUACUAAAAUAUUAGUCUGUCUGUGCAGCACUGAUAUAUGUAUCCAUUUAUAUCUAGGCAUCGUGCGAAAUAUAGACACAGUCAAACAGCUGUUAUAUAUUAUCACACCUGAACCAUUGGAGGUUUUAAAAACAGUCAAAGUUUUGGUCAAGGGAAGACUUGAGAUUCUGGACUGUCUAUAUAAGGUAUAACACGUUAUAAUACUGCCUGGUGACAGGCAAGAAAAAAAUGUUUCCAUGAUUGCUCAGCUAUCAGUUCAACUGUUUGUGGAAGUGAGGAAAGUGCUAGAAACUGCUCUUUCAUAUUGAAGGCUAUUGGAAAUAGAAAUUAGUUUAGUUUAUUUGAAAGAACUCUUAAAAUUAUAUACUAAACUCUAUUACAGAUUGUUUAUAUCUUUCUUUGUUUUCAACAUAUUUUGACUGAAAGAAGUGAGCUGUUCGCCAUCAUGGAUUAUUGAGAAUAUACAUCAUGGAUCAAUAUUGGUCCAAAACGUCGUUUCUGGUCGAUGUCUGAAAUUUAGAAAUGAUAACAUUUCAAACAAUUUUGUUUUGUCAUUCGGUCAUUGUAGAGUAGUUUUAUAUGGUUAAUGAGGUCAAGAACUAGUCCAAGAUGGUAGGCAGGUUAUUGAUUUCGGUGUAAAAGCAAGAUAUGGCAAAUCGGUAAUUUAAUAUAUAAUUUUAAGAGUUCUCUCGAAUUUUAUUUCCACUGCCUUUAAGUCAUAUGAGUUCUAACCGUCAAGCCCAUAGGACAUAGGACAUAGGACAUAGGAUCCAUAUGGACAAUAACAAGUCAACGCCAAUGUUAAGCUUGUUUAUGAUAAAACAAACACGGUAUUCGCGUUUAUUUAAGACCUGCUAAUAUACAGCUAUUUCAAUUAAGGUUGUCCCCCGAGCAAAGCGGAAAAGUCGAAUACGAGCGCGAAAGGCUGCUGGAAAUCUCUAAUAAAUGAAUGACAAUCUUAAUUGACCAUUUGCGUAAUAGACAAAAUUUUGAUCUAAACAAGCCUAGACAAAAAUGUCAUCACAGCUUGAAAGAGCAUCACAAAAUUAAUAAUAUUCCAAAGUUUCGUUGCGAAAUGUUGUAAAAUGCGGAUAAUAUAGCCCUGCGAAGUUUGCAAUUUUCAGUCCUUUUAGAUUACAAACGGGAAAUUGACAGCCUCAAAGCGUAUCGGGCUGUCAAUUUCCCGUUUGUAAUCUAAAUGACUGAAAAUUGCAAAUUUCGCAAGGCUAUAUUAUCCGCAUUUUACAACAUUUCGCAACGAAACUUUGGAAAUAUUACCAAUUUUGUGAUGCCCUUUCAAGCUGUGAUGAAAUUUUUGUCUAGAUCAAAAUUUAGUCUAUUACGCAAAUGGUCAAUUGAAAUAGCUGUUUACCAAUCAUAGGAGGGGUGUAGUAUUAUAGCAGUGGCCAGAUAGUACGGCAAUGCUUAGAAAAUAGGAAGUUUGUACUGUUGUUGACACGGAGGGAAAUCUACUUUUCCGUUUGAUGGAUAGUUUGGAGACUGAAAUUGGAUUGACUAUAUAAUUUGAAUUAUAUAUAGUUGUCUUCAAGGCAAAACCAUUUUGUUCCUUUCAUUUCUCGAUUCUACAUAUUUGUGAGGUUUUUAAAAACAAUGGGAACUAAUGAACUUCAAUAUGUUUGUAUAAUGGUAUUAAAGCGUUUUUGUUUUUUUUUUCUUUUGAUUUUAAGAAACAGACAUAUGGGAACAUUCCUUUUGUUACGUCAGAAUUCACCUACAACCACAGAGGCUCAGGGCAAAAAAGAGUUCGCUACAACCUGCUGCGACAGAGAUCACCAAAUUCGCCAAAACCUAAAGAAGAAAUCGUGGAAAGUUCCACUUCAGGAAAGUAGAACCAUCAACGAUGUGUGGGAAACAAUUUAUAAAAAAAAAUGCGUAAGUAAGAAUACGUAAAAUUGUUUUUAGUCUGGUACGUUUUACGAGGAUAGGAGAUCAUGAGAGCUCAUAUUUGACCACCAAAACGUUAAAUUGAGAAUCCGGCUAGCCUUGUUUUAUUUUCUUGAAAAAAAAGUAACAGGAUUAUACAUAUAUGAUUAUUCACUAUAUUGAUAUAGCAAAUCACUGCACUUACGAAUAUUUGAAAUACUACAUAGUUACCUGGUCAUAUAUUCCAAACAGUUAUCAUGCAAUUCUUGUGCUCAUUUAACCUCUGUGUAAGUAACUUUGGUCACUCUGGCCAUAUUGUAUUCACUGACAUGCGCAUUUGAUAUAUUAGGGAAAAUUUUGUUGGCCGGCUUUAAAAUUAUAACGUAAUAGAGACGACAUUUCGAAAACGUCGGGAUUUUCCAUUCCAGUUUUCUCUAUAUAAUUUUAUCGUCAUUCAUUUUUUCGAA